AUGUGCAUGAGUGUGCCCUCUGCCCCACAACCAUGCCAACAAAGUUUAGAUUAUUUGGAGCUGAUCGCCUUCGAAGUCAGUAAUAUCUUCGGAGCUUCGUUCAAAUCUUUUGCGGCGAGUACGGCUCUGUCCAGGAGCGCCGUCCAGGAGAGCACCGGCGGGAAGACGCAGGUCGCAGGUUUACUGUCCGCCAUUAUCGUGAUGGUGGUCACUGUGGCCAUAGGGUUUCUACUGGAGCCUCUGCCAAAGUCUGUGUUGGGGGCCGUGGUGAUCGUGAAUCUUAAAGGGAUGCUGAUGCAGGUCAGAGAGGUGCCGUAUCUGUGGAGACGAGACAAACCAGACUGUGUGGUGUGGGUCGGGACCUGUGUGGCGUCCAUCUUGCUCGGUCUGGAUCUGGGUUUAGGGGUUGGUCUGGGUAUAGAACUCAUCAGUGUGGUUCUCCGAACGCAGUUCCCUCGCUGCUCUGUGCUCGCCAACAUUAAAGGCACCGACAUCUACAAAGACAAGGACUACCUCGAUAAGGGUUACCUGAACAUGUCUCCUGAGCCGUACACAGAGGUGGACGGCGAGGACAGUGUGGAGGAGCUGGACCUGCCCACAGACCUGAAGGACCUGCCCAUUCAGGUGGACUGGAGAGGGGAGCUGCCCGUCAACGUGAACGUGCCCCCGGUGGAUCUGCACAGCCUGGUCCUGGACUUUGCCACUGUGUCCUUCCUCGACGUCUCCGCUCUGAAGGGACUCAAAACGGACCUGCCCAUUCAGGUGGACUGGAGAGGGGAGCUGCCCGUCAACGUGAACGUGCCCCCGGUGGAUCUGCACAGCCUGGUCCUGGACUUUGCCACUGUGUCCUUCCUCGACGUCUCCGCUCUGAAGGGACUCAAAACGGGAAUGGAGCCUGAAACUCGCUUCUGA